AUGCCCUUGUGCGUCUUCGUCGCCCUCCUCAGAAAAUUUCAGGAGGAACACGCUUUUGUCGAUAUCGUCGAGAAGUUCCUGAAAAAUCAGAACAUGCUCACAUCGGCGAGGUAUACGUACCCUGAGAUUCUUAUAAUCACAAAUCCCUUUGAGAGGAAACUGGGGCAGGGGGGCUUCGGUUCUGUCUUCCAAGGAAAGCUCCAUGGUGGGUACCUGGUGUCAGUGAAGAUGCUCUGUGACUCCAAGUUUAACGGAGAAGACUUCAUCAAUGAAGUCUCCACCAUUGGUCGGAUUCACCGCAUCAACGUGAUGCAGCUCAUCGGAUACUGCUCAGAGGGACCGAGGCGAGCUCUAGUUUACGAGUACAUGCCAAAUGGCUCGCUGGACAAGUAUGUCAGUCCAGGGAAGCGGACGGGUCCCUCACUCACAUGGGAGAAGCUGAAUGAGAUAGCUCUGGGCGUAGCUCGAGGAGUGGAAUAUCUCCAUCGAGGCUGCGACAUGUGCAUUCUCCAUUUCGAUAUGAAGCCCCACAAUAUCCUUCUCGAUCAAGACUUCACGCCCAAGGUUUCAGACUUCGGGCUUGCGAAGCUGUACCUUAAGGAGCAGAGCUUAGUGCCCAUCAGUGCUGCGAGAGGGACGAUGGGCUACAUUGCCCCAGAGCUCCUCUCCAGGAACUUCGGGCCAGUAUCCUACAAGUCGGACGUGUAUAGCUUUGGGAUGCUGCUGUUAGAGGUAGCUGGGACAAAGAAGAACUUGGAAGCGGUCACAGGGAAGUCCAGCGAAACAUACUUUCCGGAUUGGGUAUACCAUCGUCUGACGAAGGAACAAGAGGUAGAAGAGGGCGUCGACGGGAAAAUGGGUGAAAUAGAGAGGACGUUAUGCAUAGCGGGGCUAUGGUGCAUUCAGAUGAACCCCUCGGAUCGUCCCUCCAUGAGCAGCGUCGUGGAGAUGCUGGAAGGAAGAACACCGGAUCUGCAAGUGCCCGCCAGACCUUUUUUCCCUUCAUCUGAGAAUUCAUUCGCUGGAGGAUCUACCAUUGACUCUUUUUCAACGGAAUUGCUAGCAAUUUCCGAGGAGUGA